UAUUAUUAUAUAAACACUUAUCUCUCUCUCUAUCACUCCCGAUCUCAAUUCUUUUUUCAAUUCCACCACCGACUAACACCACCUGAAUGGCUCUUCCCCUCUCCUCCAGAACCUACCUCCUCCUCCUCCGAUCAACGUCCACCGCUCCGUCGUCUCGGCUAUUCUACGCCCGCCCUCAGUCCACUCUGCCAUCGCCGCCUAAUCACGCCGACCUUGCCGACGAUCAUUCCACCGACCCUUUGCUCCGUAAGCUCGAGGAUGCGAUUCACAGGAUCAUCGUCCGCCGCGCCGCACCCGAUUGGCUCCCGUUCAUUCCCGGUUCUUCCUACUGGGUCCCACCUCAUAGAUCUACCGCCGGUAUUGCUUCCUUGGUUGAGAAACUGGCUAAUCCCUUGACCGACGAGCAGUCCCUCUCCACCACCACCGUCCGCGGCUGGCCCUCCUCUGAUUUUUUCAUCGAAGGUGCACACACGAUUGAGGUGAUUACGCCUUCGCGUAAAUCAGAGGUCGAAUCGUCUUCAAAUAAAGAGAAAUUGGAGACAAUUUUUUCAAUUAAUGUGUCCAAAUCUGAAGAUGAGGAAGGAUGAAUGCUGCCCUUGAAAAGUAUUAGCAUCUGGGCUCAUCCAGAACUUGUAAAUUUUAUGUAGAAGCAAGACUCUGGAAACAACAGAAACUCUAACCAAGUGGAUGAUGAUCUAGUGACUUGAAGGAGCUGUUUAGAUGCAAUUUGACGAGGUAGCUAUUACGGAGAUGAAAGCUACCUUGACAGAAGUGAAAACACUCAGCUUUGUAUUUAUUAAUAUCCCCUGUAGGCAUCCGAAUGUUUGUUUGCAUUUUGAUUUUAGUUCAGAUGUUAAGCACUUGUACCUGUACAUAUUACCCUUUCUUUUAGAAUAAUAAUUGCAACAGUGUUUCUAUUCAA